CUGAGAGACUGCAGUGCUCCAGUAGACUCUCCUUCUCUCUCUCUCUCUCUCUCUCUCUCUCUCUCUCUCUCUGAACAUGUAGCACUGGCAAACACACAUUCCUGUUGCUAUUCUUGGAGAAUAGAGACUAUCAAGACGAGACGGGCUGCCAUCACUGCCUCAGAUGUACCAACAGAUAGCAGAGGGACGCCCUGAAAAAGUCGCAGUGCCCCACCAGGUCACCAGCAACGUGAGAGAUUUUUGGAAGGCUUUAUUCUCCUUGUUUGCAGGUACACACAAGAUCAAGCUGUCUCACCUAUCUGCAAACAGCUCUUCUGUCUGUAGGGAGGAGGACAAACAGGGUGAGAAGACAACAAACAGAAGACAAACCAGAGCCAUGAAGACCCGACUGGGCUGUUUAUCAAAUAAAUCAGAUUCAUACAGUGAUUUCACUGCCUUUCUUACUCCUGUAACAGAAAAGACAACCAGAUGCACAAAGUUAUCAACAGAAAAAGUCAAACAAUGGACAGAAUCAUUUGACAUCCUUCUUUCCCAUAAAUAUGGUUUGGCUGCAUUUAGAGCAUUCCUCCAAACAGAAUUCAGUGAGGAAAAUAUUGAGUUCUGGAUGGCCUGUGAGGACUAUAAGAAGACCAAGUCCACAGCGAAACUGGGCUUGAAGGCUAAGAAGAUCUAUGAGGAGUUUAUUGAUGUUCAAGCUGCUAGAGAGGUGAACAUUGACUUUCAGACACGAGAGAUCACAAGGAGAAACCUUCAGGAACCCACCCCCUCAUGCUUUGAUGAUGCCCAAGGAAAAGUGCACAGCCUUAUGGAAAAAGACUCAUACCCCAGGUUCCUGAGAUCUAAAAUCUACAUGGACUUAUUGAACCAGACUCAAACUCACUCCCAAAGGAGGUUUAGUUAGAGAGACCAGCAUUAUCUCUACUGCAUCCAUGCACCUCUUAAUGUAAUAUUUGUAAAUAGUAUAAAUAACCCAAGGGGUUUUUAAGGUUGAAAAUGGGAUAAGACUAUCAGAUGCUUUCCUGUGUUGGUUUUACACAAUGUAUUGAAAUGUACAUCUUCACAUGGCCUUGUAAUUAAUAUGUACCCUGACAUAUUGUGACCCUACUUCAGACAAAUUGGUUUAAAGUUUAAAAAAUGUGAAGUUAAUGUAUAAACCCUGUGGUAUGCCUCACACAUUUGACUGAGUUUCUUUUGCACCUCCAUAUCAUUCUGACUUCCACAUUCAUCAAGACAUUGCUCCACCAAAUGAACAUAUCUGAACAUUGAGAAAGUAGAUUAAAUCAUAGAGAUAUAUUGUACACACAACAUAAUAAAGUAAUAUAGUACUAGAGGCAUCUGUAAGCUGAUGUAUGUGAGAAAACACAGAGCAGCAAUGGUUCUACAGUGUAUGACACUGCAUUACGGUUUUCAGCAGCUUUAAUGGUUAAAAAUACACAUGUGGCCUUAUUCAUGUUCCGUUUUGUGUACUAUACAUGACCAUUGUUGGAAGGUAUCCCUGCAAACGGAAAGCUGAUGGGCAACACAGAUAUGGGAAGUUACAGUCACAGUGAUACUGUUUGAGCAGAUGGCUGCAGAACAAUACACGUUUCAGAACAAUAAUCAAAAUCAUCAGGUAACCAAUUAAAGUACAAUUGGGCAGUGCAAACAUCCACAUCUUAUAUUUAAUGCAAUAAGCGCAAUAAUACUUGGGAUUUCAUAUGCAUACAUUUUAACAGUACAGAAUUAGAUGUAGGUUGUACUGCACAAUGAAAGUAGUGAUUCAAAAAUUAGGGUACUAUUUAUACGUUUAUCUGCUGGUUUUGUAUUUAUUUUAUAAUUUAAAAUCCUAUGUUUAUUCAUAUACACCAGGUGAUAUCAUAAAAAAAAAUUCAAAUAGUAAUACAAAUAUUUGUUUAAACAAGUAUUGCAUUGACAUGUUACAUUACAACCUGGUUAUUUGUUUGUGCUACUCUGUAAUAUGUUAUAAAACAUCAUAUGCAAUCUCUGUGUGUGAGAAAUACACUGUAUUCAUGCAUUAGGUAUUUGAAAAAGACAGUCCGUUCAAACCCCAAAUAUACAGUACAUUAUAAUUAUAAAUAUACAUUAAGAUUAUCAUGAACUGACUUUUUAACAACAAUGAAAAUCUAGGUUAAUGGUGUAACUCAGUUAGAUAUAUAGGUGACCUAAAAGUAAUCGUGUAAUAAUGAAAUGUACACUGAAAAGAUGUGAGUUUUUUUAUUUUUUUAUUUUUUUAUGUAUUUAUAUAGAAUACUAGCAACACAAUAAAUACAGGCGUGGUU